AUGGCCACCAAGCCAAAGACGUUUGCUCUCAACGGAGGCCACACAGCGGGCAUCUUCGCCGACAUGUCGGUCGACGGCCCCAUCAUUGGCACCUUGGUGGCUGUUGUCGACAGAGCCAAGAACCUGCCCAACAGGAAAACCAUCGGCAAGCAGGACCCGUACUGCGCUGCGAGAUUGGGCAAGGAGGCAAAGAAGACGACGACGGAUCUUCGAGGCGGCCAAACCCCGAAAUGGGACCAGGAACUCCGCUUUACGGUGCACGACUCGCCGGAUUAUUACCAGCUUAAGAUGUCCGUCUUCAACGACGACAAGAAGACGGAUCUGAUUGGAGAGGCAUGGAUCGAUCUGAAGACCAUCAUUGUCCCCGGAGGUGGCCAGAGCGACAUGUGGCAAGGCUUGACGUGUCGAGGCAAGUACGCCGGCGAGAUCAGGGUCGAAAUCACCUUCUACGACAGCAGACCGAGGCCGGACAAGCCGGCCGUCGCCAAGCAGAAGCAGUCGGUCGCUGCCGAGCAAGAUGGCGCUGCCUCGCUCCAGCAAAGAACACCCGUCAAGCGACGUCCCUUGCCCUCGGACCCCGUGACUGGCGAGGCGGCCCCGGCUACUCCUCCUCCUCCUCCUCCUCCUGCGGCGGCACCUCUGCAGCAAGAGCACCAUCAUGCCCAGCACCACACGCCUCGAUCUCACGCCAAGCCGGCGUCGCACCCGGCCUUUAUUCCCUCCCAGUCGCCUCUUCAGAGCGUGGAAUACAAUACGCCGUCGCCUCAGGGAGCCAGGCAACAACCGGACCGGGACCAUUACGGCACCCACUCCCCGCUCUCGGCGCAGCGCCGCGGCCGUCGUUCUAGAGAAUCGCUCGGAACUCCCUCACGGUUUCAAGACGACCGGUGUUUCCAUCAGAACCGACAAGCUUCUUCUCCUUACCAGCACCAGCACCAGCACCAACCCGAUCCUUCCAGUGCAUAUGGCCAUGGCUCUGGCUCCCCCCUCUCGGAAGCCCAUGAGCUGCCCGACGACUUGGUAGGAGCGCCGUCAGCAUUUGAUUACGAGGCGUCCCCCCCGCCUCCCCCCCCGGCUCAUCGAUCGAGACAGAGUAGCGCUGGCCCGGAAGCCCCCAUGCGCACCCCCCACGACCUCUCGCCCCCAAAGUCCUCGACGCCCAUGAGAAAUGACGUCCUGAAGAGCGAGGCUCACAGGCACUCCAUCUCUGCGUAUCCUGGUCAGCCUGUUUUCAAGCAGUACGAUCCAGCAAGCUCGACUCUGACCCACACCGCCUCCCGCAUUGACUCGCCAUGUGAAUCUCCCUCUUCGCGUCAUCAGCCGCGUAGUCCUGGCUACAGUCCCAGCUACAGCCCGCACCACAGAUCCAUGCAACCUACCGUCGAAGACGCCCCCGACUCGCCGACCGCAAACUACAGGCAAAACAGCUCGCGGCCAGCCGCCUAUCAGGAUGACACGGGCUACAACUCUGCAUCAAGCGUGGCAGCAGCCCAGAACGUGAGCCGCCCCUGGGGCGUCUCCGGUCACUACGCCGGCCAUGCUCAUUCUCCGCAACGCGAUCGCCGGCAGUACUCGGAUCACGGAGGCCAUCCCUCUUUGGUCUCACCAUCGUCGUGUGUGGACUAUUCAACCAGUUCCUCCCAGGUUUCCUACAAUUCGCAGUCCGGUCGGCCCUCGCGGCCCAGCGGACACUGUCAAGCUGAGCCGCGUCAGCAUCGCCAUUCGAUAGGCUACGAACCCGCCGCUGCGCCCCUGUCGUUAUCCCCAGGCGCUGAUCCGGCAAUGCCUCGGGAGUUUUAUGAGGGCGCUUUUCCUACUUCUCAAUACAGCAACCGAUACGACAACAACCACGGUGGCCAGCAGAUGAUAGCGACGCGUGGCCGUCACCGAAGCGAGGACCCGCCGUCGUACAGCAGCUCACCUCACGCCUAUGGCUCGCAGCCACAGGAUCCUCGAUCCGUCGUGACCUACUCCGGCCGAUCGGAUCCACAGCAAGCGAGGCCGCGUAACUCUCCGAGCCCCAACCCCAACCCCAACCCGCAGCACACCAUCCGGAGAAAGUCUGUCAGCCCAGCGCCUCCCCCAUCCGAGAACCGCCGGCUCUCCGACAUACCUUUUGGCCCGGACUCUUACGACGCGUUUAAUCCAAUCAUGAGCUCUCCUGGCGCGGGCAAUUCUCGGGAGGAGGUGGCGGAUGCCAACGCAAAGAUCAUCACCCACGAUGGCCGAGAAGUUGAUCCGUCUGACCAUCUUCCCGUGGAAUCGUGGGCUCCAGAACCCGACCCGAAGCCCAAGCAGGCGUCCCCCGAGCCGCGGGCGAGGCCGUCCCUAUCCGGAGCGCAGCCCAUGCCUCCAAGCGGCCGACGACCGUUGCGCAUUGCUACCCGGCCAGAGUCCAUGCCAGCGCUGCCACACCAGCACCAACACCAGCACCAGCACCAGCAGCCGCCCUCCUACAUGUCCUCGGAGAGCCCGCGAACUCCCCAAACGGGAGGCCGCAACCGGCUCCAGAAAAAGAUGCCGCGCGGAUCGCCCGGCCACUCGGCGUCGGCGUCGGCGUCGGCGUCGGCGUCGAGCCCGCUUGCUCCCAUCUCCCCGGACAACUAUCAGGAGAGACAGGGGCAGUACACCCCCACCCGCGGGCCCCGGCGCGGCAGCUCGUACGACUACCCCAAUGAGAACUACGCGCCGCACUACGCACACCAUGGAGCAGGGCCUGCUGUACCUGCCAAGGUGCCGCUGCCAUUGAUGAGCGGAGCCAACGGCGGCGCGGACGCGUCAUUGAUGGAGGAGAUGCAACGGAUUGAUAUCGGUGCCGGCAGAUCCAGACGGCGGGGGGGAUACUGA